AAGGUCUCAUGGGGAGUUUUGACGCGGGAUGGUUCUGGGAAACAGCCCAAUGGAAUCAGCCACGACUUCGCGCACUCGGCACUUCGCCUUGAGGCUCGAGAGACGCAAGAUGCAGCUUUCCACACUGCAACGGGGGUCCAGCGCGGCUUCUUUAAGCUGCGCACGGCGACUAUUAACCGUCGCCUUCCUGCUGCUCAGUGCCAGCGACGCUCGUCGCGCGGUGGCCGAACGCUCGCAUCCGUAUCGACGUGUGGAGAUCCGUGUGGAGGAUUUCUCCUUCACUGACGGACCAGAGGAGAAGCAGCAGGUCGCUAUUGAGGCUCAUGACAUUAAAGGCUCAGAGCUGGAGCCCUGGCCCAAUGGAGAUAUUCAUAUAGUCAAGUGGGAGACGACAGAUGAGCCCAUAGAGAAGAAAGAAGAGAAGAAAGACGUAAAAGAGAAGAAAGAGAAGGUUCCAGCUGUUGAAGAAGAAGACCAUCUCGAGGACUUUGCUGUGGAGCCUACUGCUAGUGUUAAUGAGGAUGCGGCGUUGAAAAGAUACGCGUCGUAUCAUACUGCCUUGUGGUGGUGGAGUCACGACAAGACGGAGUUGACGACACAGGAACAAGCGGCUGUACUGGCCGUAGUGGUGGCUAUGUUGACGGUUCUUGGCCUUCUUGUGGUGCUGGUGUGGAAUCUGGGCUGGUUCUUGUGGCGAUUCUACCGUGAACGACGCACAUUGAGCAAAUUAUUCAGUGAAAACGACCCAGAAGUGCUGGAACAGGAGCUGCGUAAAUUUCCCGCUGAUCUUCUGUCGCUGAGGAUUAAACAGGUCGCGUGUGUACGACUACGACACUUGCAGGUGUUGUCCAACGCCAGAGACUUUAAGCAGCAGCUUGCAGCUGUGGAAUUCCGAGAAGUUGAGAUGGAAUUAGUGAACCUCCCGCUACAUCCAACGUCGAGGAAGGAGAUGACGUUCGCAGAGAUGAUGACGGCGGUCGAGGAGAUCGCGUGUAGAGGAGAACAGGUGGCAGUGGAGAUGAUGCAGCUCGUUGUUCCUCCUCGUUGGAAGAGCUACGUGGACGAGAAUUCGUGGCUCAAGGCGCAAGACGAGAGUUUGCAGAGCUUACACUUGGAGAAUGCUCGUGUCCAGCAGCUCUCGGAGCAGAUAUCCGAGCUCAUUGUAGCGAAAAUGAACUCUAGCGACCCUCUACCAAAACCGGUCUUCCUGUUGCUACUGGCAUCGCUACGUCAGAGUUCUGGAACACCGCCACAAAAUGGAGCGAAUGGCAACGCGACGUCCAGCGAGAUGGACGCGUUUGCAAGGUGUUGGAGCGGAAGUAUGACGAUGAGUGGCAGUGUGGGCAAUCUGGGUGGAUACAAGGACAAAGAUGAGUUCAACUUCUUACUCAAAGCGUACGACGAGAAGUCUGAGCAGCAAAAAGUCCAACAGGAACUGCAGAGUGCGAUUGAGUACUUCCAAUCAGCUCAUGAACCUGAACACGAACAGUUGUUACUGUUGGAAAACGCAGAUAAUGCCAGCAACAGCCAGAUUAUCCAGCGAACCAAGCAGCUUGGUGCUACUACAGCGGCUAGCAGUGGAGCUACAGCCGCGUCCAUGCGUCGUUUAGAGCGCUGGGUGGAUCAAGCUGAGGUGAUGGAGAUGACGUACGUUGAAGAAGUGGAGAGUGCGCAGUUCAUGCUGGAGGAUGCCCGACGCGACAGCUUCUGCGCAGCGAUCGUCAGUAACGAAGGGAAGGGACUCGAUAGCGUCCAGACUUUGGCGACGAACUUCGUAGCACUCGGGGCUAAACGCGAAGAUGCCAUCUUGAAAGCUGGCGAGAUCUUGGCGAACCGCUCGAACAUGAUGCUCUUGGUGCACAGUCUUCGCGGUAUGUUCGAUCAACUACGCAAGCGAGACAUCAUGAAAAUGAACGAGCGCCGAAGUCGAGACCGUGCUAAGGCACAAGAGAAGCGCGACCGUAUGGCUCAGAAGUUCCUCAAUAAACAGCGACUAAUCGCUGAAAAAAUCGACCGGACUCGCGAAACGCAGCGUCAACGGGAAGAGGAGGCGCGGUUGCAACGGCGAAUGGAGGAACUGAAGGAGACGCGCGCUCAAAAUGCACGAGAUCGAGCGUCUUUCGUGUGGACAGUAACGAAAACCGACGUAUUGGUGGUGCUGGUUAUCAUGGCCAUUGUGUUCUUUGAGAACGUGCGAGAAGUGGCGUUCAUCAAGCCUCUGUGCCAACCAGAUGACCAUCAGCACUGGUGGAUGGUUUCUUGGUGGGCUCCCAGUUCGCUGCAGGUUUUCGGCUGUGAAGUGGCGUACGGUGUGAAGAUUCUGGGGAUUCUUGUUGCGCUUGGAGUGCUCUUCUUUGCGGUAGCACAGCUUAACCUGGUGGCUGUUAUGCUGCCUGUACUGGGUGCUAUCGCUCUGUAUUACUUGCGUGACGAGUGGCUGAACAUGCUCGUCCGUCUGCCGUUGUUACUCGUCAUUUACGGCUUUAACUCUGGAGUUCUGUACCUGUUUAACCGCUUUGAAGACCGCGGCAGUGAUAGCCACGUGAUUAAGGGAGAAGAUAAGGACGCAGUGGUCAUUGCUACCAAGCGGAGGAGUAUGCUGCUGUACGUCGUGUUCCCGCUUUGCUCGCUGCUUCUGACAGUGGUAACGGGUGUCGGCAUCGCGUGUGACGAGCCAGAACAGUGCGUUGUAUCGGCUUAUGAGGCUACUACACCCGUGCUCGCAGGUUUGUGGGAACUCGCACGAGGAGCCUAUCGAUUGUAGAAGUUAGAGCGGCGAGGGAAAGUUAGGAGCACCGAGGCCGUGCGGUAUUUUGCUGGCUCAUUGACCAGGGAUUUUUUUAAUUUGAAAUGUGUACUGCUACUAGACAACAAGAAAGGUUUACCCAAGCUCAGA